AUGGCUCCAUUUCGGACCCCCAAUAGCGAUCCUCCCAAGCAUGAAAUGCAAUAUUUCCCCGACAUGACGACAGCUUUGCCCUCUGAGUCGGGCGAAUUCCGUCGUGUUUUGUGGACCGGGCUCUACUCCCAGCUCGUACUGAUGACUAUCCCCGUGGGUGGAGAUAUCGGGGAGGAGAUUCAUACCAGGGACCAGGCCCUUACCUUUACCUCGGGCGUCGGCCUCGCCCAGGUUGGGGGCAAGGAACAGAAGAUCAAGGCAGGCGAUAUGGUAAUUGUACCAGCAGGGACAAAGCAUCAGUUCCUGAACCAGGGACCGACGCCCUUGAUUCUAUAUACCAUCUACUCACCGGCCGAGCACAGGCCAACAGCAGUGCAUAAGACCAAGGAGGAGGGCGAGAAGGAGGAAGAAGAAGGUAUUGAUGUGCCGCCUGAAUGGAGUCAAAGGAGCAGGAAGCAGAACAUUGAAGAAGGAUGGGUGAAGGCCGAGGAGUGA